UAUAAAUUGAAUCCAAACAUCAAACCAUUAAACGACAAGACCAGAUUUCCUCAUCAACUUGAUAUUAUUGAAACAUCCUCUAGCUAGAUACUGAUCAUAUUUACUCUAUAAUAGAGAAAAGAAGCUAAGUCUUCUUUCUACAUUUUGCACAUUGUAAUGACCACGAAGAAACGACACAUCUCAACUACAGAUAUAUAAGAGCCAAACUGCUAAAAGUAUUGAUUUUCGACAAGAAAGAUGGAAAAAGAAGGAGAAUUAAUGGUGCGGGGACGUGUAGAGAUCGACACGAGGCAGCCUUUUCGAUCUGUGAAGGAGGCAGUCAUGUUAUUCGGAGAAAAGUUUUUGGCUGAAGAAAUUUAUGCCAAACAGCUUAAAGAGGUACAGACCAAGCCAAGUGCUGGACAGAACCAGCCUAAAACAGAUUCACCAGUGACAAUUGAGCUUGAAAAGACAAAGCAAAACCUCCAAAAAUCAAAAGAAGAAGGAACUUUUAUGGCACAUUGUCUUCAAUCUCUAAAAGAAGAGUUAGAACUGACAAAAAGAGAAAUACAACAGUUAAAGACAAGAGAACUGAAGCAGAAAGUACCUUUAGGCGCGGAUCCUGAGAUUGAAGAGCUCAAAUUCAUUGAGAAUUCAUCAUCAUCCAAAGUUGAAUUAAGAACACAAUUUCAAGAGUAUGAUAAUGAGAUUGAAUUUCAGAAAAAAAGGUCUGUUAAAUUUGCUAGUACCCCUUUACUUACUAAGAUCAUUAAUGUGGAGACUAAGACUAGCCCUUCACAACUUAAGAAAAAAAUGAAGAAGAAAACUUUAAUUCCUUUUUUUGGUGGAUUGUUUUCCAAGAAGAAAGGAAAUCAAGUAAACCAAUAUUCAUGAAAUCCUAUUUUAAGUUUGAAAUUUUGUGACCCUUUUGAAUAAGGAGAAUGGUAGAGGUCUCAAAAAGAUUUUACCAUUGCAUUUGGCUGUUAAUUAAAUAAGUUUUCUUCUUGUUAGAGAAUCUUUAUUGGUUUAUUUCUAUAAUCUAGAAAGAGAGUGCCUGUAAUUAGUUCAAUAUUUUAGAUAUGCAAAAUAUAGUACACAUGGACGAUGUGUAUAUAUAUUGAUUGGGAUUAUCAGCAUUGUUGUUCAUUAUUGAAAAAUCUACUAUUACUA